AUGGGCAGUAUUGCAGGUCCCGGUUCAAGAUUCCCAACUGGUGUCCAGGCCUUGCCUGUAGAUGCACCAGUUGUGGACUUCAUCGACCUCUUGAAGCGCGAUGGCGGUGUCAUUAUCAGGAAUUUUGUUCCUUUAGAUAUCAUCGAUCAGGCCAACAAGGAGAUUUGGCCUCAAAUCGAGAAAGAGCAAGCAUGGAGCGGCGAGUUUUUCCCCAAAGAAACUCGUAAAUGCACUUCGCUUGUCAGACAUAGCCCAACAUACACCAACAGGUUCCUCAUGCACCCCCUUUAUCAAGCCGUUGCGGAUCAUUUUCUCACGACUCGGAACCACUUCUGGUGGGGCAAGUCGUGGAAAGAAUCUGUCUCGAAGCCACAAGCACAUACUGGGGCUGCCAUGUGCAUUGGCCCCGGUGCAAAGGCACAGCCUCUGCAUCGUGAUGAUUAUCUCCACCAUAAUGUACAUACUGAAGUUGACAUCUGGGACGACGGAAGAGACCGAAUGCGAGAGAGCGCAGUGGGUUUGUUUGUGGCUGGAAGUGACACCUCCGUUGCAAAUGGCGCCACAAGGUUCAUCCCGGGAAGUCAUCUCUGGGGUAACUACGAGCGCAAGUCACCCCCGGACGAGUCACUCGCGGUGUAUGCGGAGUUGAACAAAGGAGAUGCCUUUUUCAUGUUUGCAUCAUGCUUCCAUGGCGGCUCCGCCAACACAACUACCGAUAGCCACCGUCUCGUGUACAGCACGUUCGUCACACGAGGUUGGCUUAGACAAGAAGACAAUAUGUAUCUUUCCAUCCCACAUGAUGUUUUGAUGCAGUAUGAUCGUAAGAUCCAGAAGUUUCUAGGUUACUCUUGCUCAGACCCUGGUUGCGGGUUAGUGGAUGACCUUGAUCCCAUAUACCAGCUAUAUCCUGAGGAGCUUGCCAAAGCGGUGCCACAAGAUUACUAG